CAGAGUCAGGCUAACCGAGGCUCAUUCGAAAUUUGUGCGUGCAACGCGAAGGACGUGAAACGUUUGUGGCACUGAGUUGUUGUUGUUGUUGCCAUUGUCGUACGUUUGCUUUUUUUUCCUUUCAUACUCAUAGCAGUUUUGUGAGCGCGCCCUUAGUUGCCACCCCGUGGCAAGCAUUGUGCUCGCAGCCCGUGACGUCAGCGCGUCAAAGAAAUAAAAUCAAAUAAAUAGAAAAGUAAAAGGGAAAAUAAAUAAAAAUAAAAUAGCAUUAGAUUGCGAACAUGUCGGCGGAUAAUCAAGUGGAGCCAGUGGCAGCAAUGGCUGCAGCCGCAUCCUCAUCGGCGGCAGGAUCAGCGCCAGGUUCCGCCUCGGAGUACCUGAAACGCACCUGCCUCAUCUGCGGCUGCCAGACGAACCAGACCAUCAACAUCUACGAGCCGCGCUCUGGGCCAAAUAUUGUGCAAUUAAUUCAAGCGAAAUUCAAGUUUCAGCCACUGAAUGAGGAUAAAUUCCUGUGCUUCAGCUGCAACAAUUGGCUGAUCAACUGGCACUCUCUGCAGGCGCUCAACAGCAACGAUGCAGAGAGUCAGAGUCGGAGUCAGAGUCCCUCGCAUAUGGGCAACAACAGCAGCGGUGGCCUUGUCCAACAGCAGCAGCACCAGCAGCAGCAGCAGAGGCGGAAGGAUCAACCCAUGGAGCGAGCCAGGUUGCGGCCAGUGGCUCAGGUGCGUCCUCAGCCCCAGAUGCCAUCCCCGUCUCAAUCCCAGUCACAGAUCCCGCCCACAACACACGCUGCACCUGCACCCGUUAUCAGCUACAACAAGCGACGCUUUGGCGGACGCAGUGCAUCCAGUUCGGUGCGGGGCAUGCGUAAAAUGCUGCGUCACUGUUGUGUUUGCGGUGGUGCAAUGGUGCUCCGCCUGCUGACCACAACGCCCGCCCAAACGCUGGCCAAACUGGCCCAACGCAGCGGACGGAGUCAGUGCCGCAAAUGCCGCGAGAGUGAGAUCUCCAAGUGGCGCACGUUGCACAGACGCAGUGUGGCCAAGGUGGUGCAACUGCAACGCGUGCUCCGGCAGAAGAAGGAGCAACAGCAGCAACAGAUCGUCAAGGAGCAAACUCUAGUCAAGGUCAGGCCCACACCUACGCUCCCUUACCAAAGAUUCCAAGCGCCGCGUGUCGAUGGCAAAGUGGUGGCCAUGUUCCGUCGCCUGGGCACCACACUGGAGUCGGAGCAGCCAAAGCAGUCCGAGGAGCCAAUGCCCACCGAGCGUCCCCUGCGGAUCAUGAGUCCCGCCAAGCAGCGACCACGCUGGACACGCACACUGGACGACGAUGAGAUACUCCUGGAAUUCGAUAGUGUUAUAUCGGAAGUGCUGCCGGCUACGGCGACGCCUCUUUUAACCACAGCACGUCGACGUCUUUGCUAUCAGUUUACCAACGAGCAGGAAACGGAUGAGCAUGACGAAACGGAAACGGAAGUGGAAGUGGAACCCGCUGAGCAAGUGACAAAGGAUAACCGCAAAAGCGUUUUCAAAUUUUCCCACCAAACACAUGUGAAUCUGGCAGGGCUGCAACUGCCGCAGGGACUGAGCAUCACUUUGAUAUAAAGCGCGCCCCAAAAAAUAUAAAAAUAAAAACAAAUAUAACAAUGAAUAGUCAAAUUGAAUGCACAUUGAAUGCAAUCAUUAAUUAGUUUUAGUUUAAUGUUUAAUUUAUAUGGUACCUCGAUCAAAUUAUAAUUGUUAGUCAAAAUAUUAGCAAAAGAAAUGACCUAAGAAUGUUAAGUUAAUGUAUGGUAUAUCAAUGCAAACCAAUCUAUAUUUAUAAAGUAUAUAAAUUAGACAUAAUUAAACUACCCCUCCCCCCUGCCACAACAAAUACUUUCCAAAACAAAAGAAGAAAGUCAUCGCGUCUAGUAACGUUUAACCUCGUAGUUGAAUUUGUUUGCAUUUGCCACGUUAUUGCUCCAAAAA